GCUGCUGUUUAAUGUGGCAAAAUUAAAGUAGGAAAGAUCCUCCACAAAUGUUAAAUGGAGAAUAGCUGUCCCAAAGACAUACGAGAACAUCAUCAGCUACAGCAGCAGUGUACAUUUCAUCUAUGAGACAUGAGCAAACCCGAGUAACGCCAUGACCGAGGGCCAAUGAGAUUCAGCAUCAGCCUUCUACAGACGAAGAGCGUGGUUGUCGAUUUCCUCGUGCGGUCUGGAGGCUGGCGUAGUCCGCCCUGCCACACCCAAACUCAGAGAGCUGCUCGGCCUCGCACACGUUAGCUUCCACAGUCCCCUCUCUCAGCGAGGACCACAUGCUGUCCGUUACACACCUGGCAUCCGUCACGCCAGCCCACCCUGAUUCCCCUCGCCGCGCCGCCAUGGACUGCCACAGCCGGGCCAAGGCGGACAGCUCAGACCCCGAGCGGCAGGACUCGGCCGAGUUCUGGCUGCAGGUGGACUUCUUCCGCAAGCUGGGCUACUCCACCAAGGAGGUGCGGGCCACACUGAAGAAGCUGGGCCUGAGUGCCGACACCAACACCGUGCUGGGCGAGCUGAUCCGGAACCAGUCGGGCUCCAGCAGCGCCGAAACCGAGAGGGACCCGUCCCCCACCAGCCCCCGCGGGGGGUGCACGCUGGUGUCCCGGGGGGGCAGCACAGCCAAGACCCCCGCCGGCCUCCCCAGCACACCCCCACCCCCAGAGGACAUGAGGAAAGCGGAUGACCAGCUGAAGCCCAUAGUCAUCGACGGGAGCAACGUGGCCAUGAGCCAUGGCAACAAGGAGGUCUUCUCCUGCCAAGGGAUCCAGCUGGCAGUCAACUACUUCCUGGAGAGAGGUCACACAGACAUCACUGUAUUCGUGCCCUCCUGGAGGAAGGAACAACCCAGGCCAGAUGUACCUAUCACUGAUCAGCACAUCCUGCGGGAUCUAGAGAAGAAGAAGAUUGUGGUCUUCACGCCCUCCAGGAGGGUGGGGGGCAAGCGGGUGGUGUGCUACGACGACCGCUUCAUCGUCAAGCUGGCGCAUGAGUCGGGCGGCAUCAUCGUGUCCAACGACACCUACCGGGACCUGCAGAGCGAGAGGCCAGAGUGGAAACGCUGUGUGGAGGAGCAGCUGCUCAUGUAUUCCUUUGUCAACGACAAGUUCAUGCCCCCCGAUGACCCCCUGGGCCGGCAUGGUCCCAGCCUGGAGAACUUCCUCAGGAAGAAACCUCUGGUCCCAGAACAGAAGCGCCAUCCCUGUCCUUACGGAAAGAAGUGCACAUACGGGAUCAAAUGCAAGUUCUAUCACCCCGAGCGGGCGAACCAAUCCCAGCGCUCUCUCGCUGAUGAACUGCGGGCCAACGCAAGGCUCUCCGCCCAGAAGGAAGACAAGAAGCCUGUCUUGCCAAAUAAGGGGGCCUACGCCGAGUCCAGCAACGGGCACUGCUCCUUGUUCCUGGAUCAGGAGCUGGAGCACAAGCUGACGCUAGAGUCUCACAGCUCCCCGAAACACUGCCAGGUGAGCGAGAACGUGCUGCUCCACAGGAGCGGGGCGCCCCCCGGCAGGAGGUCCGCCUCCAAGAAGGCGGCCACCUGCAGCCAGGCCGAGUGGGCCUGCCACCACCACUCCCCCACCAGCACGGACUCCUCCUUCUGCUACAGCUCUCAAGACCGGCUGGACUCCGGCCUGGGCUCCUAUGAGAGCCAGUACUCUGAGACGUCACGGGGCCACAGCGACCCCUACGGGGCGGAGCACAGGCAGUCACCCUGUUCCUCCUCCGGGGGCGUGCAGCGCUACCCUCCCUCCGGUCACCCAGAGAGGCAAGAUGGCCGCCCGCCCUGCAGCUGCUGCUCCCACACGGCCAUGUCCUCCUGCCUUCAGCAGCCCUAUAGCCAAGGCCCGAGCCGCGGAGCCGGCCCACGCUGCCAGCCCUGCUACCCACCCUACGGCGGCUCCCUCUACUCGCCCGCGGUCCAGCACUACAGCCUCCCCACCAACUUCCAGCAGGUCCACUCCGGCCAGCGGAAGUACUGGUCCGACCCCUUCCAGGGGCUGCCGCAGCCUCCUUCAUCCAAUAGCCUCCCGGACCCCAUGCAAAUCUCCAGCCCCCGAGAGCAAAGCUUCCCAGGGGCGUACCCUGACCAGCGGCAGUGGGGCCAGCCGCAGCAGGCCCCCUACGGAGCCGAGAGGGAGGAGGUCCGCAAGAAGCUGCAGGCCAUCUUCAACCCCUAUCAGGUGGACAAGGUCAUGGGUAUGUUCCCUCAUGUCCUGGACCCCCAAGUGCUCGCCGCACAAAUCCUCAACCUUAAAUCCCAGGGAGGGGUGCUUUGAAGCGCCCUGUCUGCCUUGAGACCCCUCUGUGCCAGCAGAGGCAAGAGUUUCGUUCCUGCUCGUGAUCUGUGGUGUCCCUAAGCCACUGUUUUACGGUGGUUUUGAGGGAACGGGGUUUGUUUUGCAUUUUCGCUUUCUGUGGGGAAUGUUACAUGCCAUUAAAAAAGCCUGAGGCUUAAACUGUUGAUUGUUGUUGUUAGGGGUGCACCGACUGAGAUUUCCUGGGCUUAUCGUGAUUUCAGACGCACGCUCAAACAUAUCUGCUGAUUCCGGUGCUGAUACCAAUGUUUCAGGAAGUUUGUUUUAUUUAAAACCAGUACCUGGAAUAUGCAUUUCCUGAUAGCUGUGCCUUGUGUUCUUUAUAUCAACACCGUAAGGGCUGAUGAAUCAAAGAAAAAGGAAUCAGAUGUAAGAAAAACGUCAUGGGGGGGAUUUAAUUACUGUUAUUCUUAAAGUGAAAAUAUGUUUGUUAUCUCGAUUUUCAGUUCCUUAUUGACUUAAGUUAUAACGCUGUAGGGUAGAUUAGAGUGGAAUGUACUACGUGUAUGAUGAGUGUCAGUGCAUCCCUCCAUUCAGCUCAUGACACUGUCAUAGCAAUUUAGUAUUUGAAUGCAUUUAUCAAUAAACGGGCUGUUGAGGAUUAAAAAUAUUCCAGCACCUGUGUUUUUUCAUGUUUCAAACACGAGUGAAAUGGCUUUGGCUGGCUGUGUGCGUCGGCUUCUCGGUUACCUUCGUGAAUAUGCAAAACCGCCUUCUGCAAUCUGAGAUCCUUGGUGUUCCACUCUGCACUUAAAACUGAUGCGGACAGAGGAGGCAUGGUCAGAGUUCAGGGUGCCCUUUGUAAAGCUCAUUGCGGAAUUACGAGUGAAUGGAUGUGUGUGAAGAUGAAGCCACAGAGUUAAGGGAAGCAGUGUAGGGGAACAUGCUGUGUACAGUGGAACAGAAUCACAUGUAUCUGAUAAGCAACAGAAACCAAAAUAUGUCUACAAUGGGGAAAAAUAGCAUAGCAGUUAUGAAUAUUUUUUUUUUUUUUGCUCCAGACAGGAGUCUUUGCUUUGGUUCAUUUUUAAGAAUGUAAGAUGUGGAGACACACACUCAUAUAGUAAAUUGCAUUAGUUGUUCAAAGCCCUUUGAGCUCUUUCCUCCAUAUUGAAAAUUCGACAGAGAUGAAUCCACUGUUUAGUUGUUACUCUUUGCCACUUUGAGAGGGGGAAAAAAGCAGCUGUCAGUAGCUGUCUCAAUCCAAAGUUGUUUAGUACAUACUGUACCAUAGCUGCACUAGAGUCAGUGUCAUCACACUUGGUGUUCAUUUACAUGUGUUGUACCCACAUUUGAGUAGCACUUUAUACGUCAAAGCAUCAGCCUGCAGCACGGGCAGUCAGUUCUAGACCCCGUUUCUGUCAGCCUGUGGUACACUGUAACCCGGUUUCAGUCUGAUGUCAAUGCCCAGUCUGUGCAUCGGUGCACCUCUAGUUGUUGUGACAACUAAAUCUUGCCACUUGUGUUUUUUUUUUUUUUUUGAAAUGUGCAAGCAUGCGCUCCAGGUACGUAAAAUCUGCUUCUGUACCUGCCAUUUUUUUAAAAAAGGGUGAUGGAUAAGGACUGAAGCAGUGGAUUGUUGAUGCAUAUUGUAUCUUUUCAGAUGUAACCUUUAUCUUCUAAGACGUAAGACUUUUGUAAUCAAAAAAAUCUGGUUCUUGUACAAAAUAAGCAACGGUUUAUCUCGGUUUUGUUAAGUUAAAGCGAAUAUCAAUAUUUACUGUAAGCCACAUCUUUGCCAUGUAUUUUGUGUUUGUGGUGUUUUUGAAGGUGACUGUGGGUGGAAUGUGAUUUAUCUGGCAGUAUGCAAUCCAUGUCACUGUCUGCCACUCUAAAUGCUAAGAGACUGGAUUGGUUCUAAUUAAGGCUAUGAUUCUGGCGGGAGUCGUGGAUUUUGUGAACUGAAGAGAUAAUCAAGAAAUAUUGUAAAAUUCCUGUACAAACAGGAAAUAGUAAGCAGAAAAUGGUGAUUUCAUUUCAAAUGGGCCAUGAAACUUGCCUCUCUCACUGACAGUAGUAUCACUGUCUCCUGUUGACUCCUGCUUGACCAUAUAAUCGAAACAACUGCUUGAAGUUUUUUAAUAUCUUACCAAAGGAGUGUGUAAAGAGUUAAGAAAAAAUACUAGCACCAAGUAGCCGCUACGCAGCACCACAAAGAGAGGAAUUCAUUCUCUAUACAUAGAGAACAUUUCUGGAAGGCUGUGAAUUUGUGUUUGGUACAGCACCUAAAGUUCUUACAGAUUACAAGCAAAAAGGGGUUUUCAAAAGUGUUUUUCAUAAACAAGCUUGAUAACUGGGUGGGACAAAGUCCUCCACUGAUAGCUGUGUGCUAGGAAAAGCCUCUAUGAAAAUAACAACGUGGUUCAAACCUACAUGGAUGGAUCUGAUCAUUUUUAUCAAGCUGCAACCGUUUUUUUUUUAAGUCAGUAGAGUAUUUUAUUCUAACUGGGCUAACACAUUGAUCCUGUGUUUG